ACGGACUGACAGGAAGUCAACAGAAGGGUAUUUUCAAAUGAUCGUGCGAAAAAUGCUCCCGAAAAAAGAGAAUUCGCCUUCGUAAUGUCAGUGGGCUUCCAAAGUAGCCUACGGGAAAAUAACGAACAUUAAACGAUAUCGAGAAAAAUCGAGGAAGACCAAGCACCAUGGGAAAUUGAGCCGUCUGUCCGGUUCUGAAUAGCUAUAUAUUUGCGUACUGUAAGUUAACUAGCAUCAAUGGCCGAAAUGGAGCUAUUUCAAGCCAAAGAUCAUUAUAUUCUACAGAGCGGCGAGAGAGCGCUUUGGUGUAGCCGAAAAGAUGGCACAAUGGAAGUCAGACCCGCUACAGACCUCCUGCUGGCCUGGAACCCGGUGUGCCUGGGGCUGGUGGAGGGAGUGAUCGGGAAGAUCCAGCUGCACGAGGACCUGCCCCUGGGCCUGCUGAUGAUCCGGCAGAAGGCCCUGGUGGGGAAGCUGCCUGGCGACCACAGUGUCUACAAGAUCACCAAGGUGACCGUCAUCCCGCUGUCCGAGGACGAGCCGCAGGACCUGGAGCUUGAGCUCUGUAAGAAGCACCACUUUGGCAUCAACAAGCCAGAGAAGAUCUCCCAGUCUCCUGAUGAGUCCAAGUUCCUGCUGAAGACCCUCAGCCAGAUCAAGUCCAACGUCGCUGUGCCCAUCAAGAAGAAGGUGAAGGAGAACAAGGAGAAGGAACGACUGGAGAAGCGGUUACUCGAUGAGCUGCUGAAGAUAUUCAUGGACUCUGAUUCGUUCUACUACAGUGCGACCUAUGACCUUACGAAUACCGUCCAACGCCAGGGAGACGCGCAGAACACCAACCUGCCUCUCUGGCAACGGGUAGAUGACCGGUUCUUCUGGAACAAGCACAUGAUCCAGGACCUCAUUAACCUGCAGGUCCCGGAGGCCGACUUCUGGGUGAUGCCGGUGAUCCAGGGCUUCGUGCAGGUGGAGGAGCUGGUGGUGAACUACACGGAGGGGUCGGACGAGGAGCGCAGCCCGGAGACUCCACCGCAGGAGCCGGCGUGCGUGGACGACAUCCACCCGCGCUUCAGCGUGGCGCUCAUCUCCCGCCGCAGCCGGCACCGCGCAGGGAUGCGGUACAAACGUCGGGGCGUGGACACGGACGGGCACGUGGCCAACUACGUGGAGACGGAGCAGCAGAUCCACGUGCACAGCCACACGCUGUCCUUCGUCCAGUCGCGCGGCUCCGUGCCCGUCUUCUGGAGCCAGGCGGGAUACCGCUACAACCCCCGGCCGCGGCUGGAGAAAGGGGAGAAAGAAACGGCCACGUACUUUUCCGCACACUUUGAAGAGCAGAUAAAGAUCUACAAGAAGCAGGUUAUCAUUAACUUGAUCGAUCAAACGGGGAGAGAAAAGUUGAUUGGAGAUGCGUUUCUGAAACAAGUGCUGCUUUACAACAAUCCUAACCUCACCUAUGUGUCCUUCGACUUCCACGAGCACUGCAGAGGGAUGAAGUUUGAGAACGUGCAGACCCUCACGGACGCCAUCAGUGACAUCAUCACAGACAUGCGCUGGUGCUGGGUAGACCAGGCCGGAGUGAUCUGCAGGCAGGAGGGCAUCUUCAGGGUGAACUGCAUGGACUGUCUGGACCGGACCAACGUGGUGCAGGCUGCUGUGGCCCGCACUGUGAUGGAGCAGCAGCUGAAGAAGCUGGGCGUGAUGCCGCCGGAGCAGCCCCUCCCCCCGCGCUGCUACAGGAUCUAUCAGGUCAUGUGGGCCAACAACGGCGACACCAUCAGCCGCCAGUACGCUGGGACCGCUGCGCUAAAGGGAGACUUCACCCGGACGGGGGAGAGGAAGCUCGCGGGGGUGAUGAAGGACGGGGUGAACUCCGCCAACCGCUACUAUCUCAACCGCUUCCGCGACGCGUACCGCCAGGCCGUCAUUGACCUGAUGAUGGGGCUCCCGGUGACGGAGGACCUGUACUCCAUCUUCAGUAAGGAGAAGGAGCAGGAGGAGAAGGAGCAGGCGGGGCAGCGGGCGCAGCAGGAGCAGGUCAGCCUCCUCCUGCAGACCUACAUGCAGCUGCUGCUCCCGGAGGACGAGCGCUUCCAUGGGGGCUGGGCCCUCAUCGACUGCGACCCCAGCCUUAUUGAUGCUACGCACAAGGAUGUGGACGUCCUGCUUCUGCUGUCCAACAGUGCGUACUACGUGGCCUACUACGACGAGGAGGCAGAUAAAGUCAGCCAGUAUCAGCGGAUCGGACUGGAGGACCUGGAGAAGAUUGAGAUCGGCCCCGAGCCCACCCUGUUCGGGAGGCCCAAGUUCUGCUGCAUGCGCGCGCACCACCGCAAGGAGGAGAUGAGCGGGUACUUCCACACCCUGAGGGCCGUCACGCGGAACCCAGAGGACGAUGGGAAAGAUACUUUGCAGUGUAUCGCUGAGAUUCUACGCAUUUCCAAGCAGGCCCUGGGCCUGGAGUUAGUGGUCACAGAGAAGAAACUAGAGAGGAAGCACAGUAAGCCUCACGACGACAUUCUGGGCAUACGGGAGAAAAACCAGGACCAAGUCCUGGGCAGCUCAGGCCUGGCGCAAGGCAAGAACUUCCUCAUGAACAAGUUCUCCACGCUCAACCAGAAGGUGAAGCAGACCAAGUCCAACGUCACCAUCGGCAGCUUCAGGCCCCUGGGGAAGCUGGGCAACAUCUCCAAGACGGACGUGAGCGUGAACUUCCUGAAGCCCAACAUGCGGGUGAGCCUGUGGAAGUCGGACAGCAGCCUGGAGACGCUGGAGGCCGGCGCGGGCGGCGCGGCGCUGAAGGACCACUCGGACACGUCGGACCUGGAGAUCUCCUCCGACUCGGACUCCUGCCACUCCGACGGGCGGCCCCACUCGGCGUCGGCGGAGAACGUGGACUACGUGCUGCCGAGCUGCGGCAUCGUGGCGUCCGGGCCGCGCCUGGCGGGCCGCUCGCUGUCCGUCUGCAGCGUGGAGAUCACUGGGCGGGACAGUGCAUCAGAGGGGCGGGGCGAAGGGCCAGAGGGGAGCAACAAAGUGCCCACAGAGAAGGCCCCGGAAGCCCCGGAAGCCCCAGAAGCCCCGGAAGCGGAGGACUCCCAGCCGAGCUUCGGCACGCCCAUCGAAGCGUACUGCCACCAGUUCGCCCAGGACGCGCAGACCAAGAACGCGGGGCCCUCACCGGCCCCCUCCGCCCCCCCGCAGGACCCCCGGCCCCCGGCCAGCGCCGCGGCCCCCCCCAGCGCAGAGCCCGUCCCCCCCGCCGCGGAGCAGCAGCCCCCCAGGCCCGCCCAGCUGGACGUGAGCGCGGACCUGCUCUCCGUGCAGCCCUCGGGCUCCGGCUCCUCCCAGCGCUCGCUCAGCGCCGACCCCUCCCCCGCCGAGGGCGGCCGCACCGUCUCCCCCUUCGCCAAGAUCCGCAGCUCCAUGGUGCAGGUGGCCAGCCUGACGCAGGCCGGGCUCACCCAGGGCAUCAGCUUCGCCGUGGCCAAGGUGGGGAAGAGCCCGGAGCCCGAGGCCGUCAACGAGACGCAGCAGAGCGAGCUGAGGGCCAUGUUCACCCAGUGCCAGACCCGGAUCAUCCAGAUAUGAGCCCCCCUCUCCGUCCUGCGGUCCCGCAGCCAGCAGGAGCGCGCUCGCGCAUACCCACGACCCGUCGAGUUGCAAAUUCCAAGUUAGGCCCCCCGUAACGUCCUGUGCCGGCCCGUGUUUUUCGUUUUUCGGGACUGUGUUUUUACUCCAGUGGACCCAGUUUAGAAGUGACUGUUACUCCGUAUCGAAAAAAAAAUAUUCUCAUCUUCUCACUUAAAUAUUUUUUGUCCGUGUUGCAUGUCCAGCUCUUGGUAGCGUAAGGUAGAUGAACGUAGGCCAGAGGCACGUGGAAAAGAGAGCUUGUGGUCGUGGUGUUCUCAAAGUCUCAAAGUCUGAACCGCUUCAAAAUGGCGGACAGGGUCAAUCCGAUUCACCGGUUCAGCUCCCUCGCUGAAAAUACGUUUUAAAUAAUUUCAUAUGCCCAUCUGAUACAAAACGGUGUAAAUUUAAACACUAAAACCAUCAUGAACGGGUAACUCCAAGUGAAAUCAAAGGUAGCCUUUUAUUUUAGAUUAAAUUAAGGGGAAUUUUUGCCCGUGGAGAAGCUGUUACAGUCGGGGUGCUGGUUCACAUAGUCUUUACCGUCGCAAGGCUGCCAGGGCGAGUGUGUCCACCGAACAUAAACACCGCAGAAUGUAAUGCCAUCUGGCGGGCGAAGACUUCCAUCUUCUGCCUGGAAAGAUGUGGAGGAGCAGGAAGUUUGGAGAAACUGGGUUCAGUGCUGCUGUGCGGGUUCCCUGAAGCUCCAGUGCCAAAAUCAUGUGAAAUGCAAAGAUUAUUACUCCAUCACGUCCAGCAGACAAUAGUGUGUUUCCUGCAAGGUCGAGUCUUUUCUGUGUGGAAGAGUGAGAGGUUCUUAUAAAGGUGUGUAAUGCUUUCUGUAUGAUAUGGUGUGUUUCCUGUAGGGUUUUUUUUUUUUUUUUUUUUUUCUGUAGUAUGUAGUGCAUUUCCUGUCGGGAAUAGUGCGUUUCCUGUCACAUAUAGUGUGUUUCCUGUAGGUUAUAUUGCGUUUCCUUUAGAGUAUGGAAUUGUGUGUUUUGGUUACAGAACGUCUGUAAAUGCAGGAAUCCCUCGACGCGAUUCACUCCACUUACUUUCAUGAACAUAAUUUGAAAAAUAAGAACCCCCCCCCAAUAAGUCCAAAUAAGUCCAAAUAAGUCCGAAAUGUGUGUCUCAAAAUGUAACUGAAUUUCAGUUUCCGUCCUCCCCUGUAGCCUCUCGAGCUUCCGGUCGCGUUCGGUGUUUUAACGUAGAAGCGAUCGUUCUAGCACUCCCAGGCAAGUUUACACAAACCGCGUAACGGAAACUGAAACUCGUGACCGUGUUGUACAAUAGCGUUGUAAAAUAUGUAUAAAAUGAAAUUAUUCUACAUUUCAUUGUUCUAUAAAGAUAGCCUGUUGGAUUUUUUUUGCGAUGUAGUGAACCUAAUGCAGGUUUUUUGUGUGUCUCGUGAGGUACAGAACGUUCCUGUAAGUGUGUACCUCCGCCCAUGGCCUCCGUCUUCUAAACGGGUCAUAUAGGUCCAAAGCGACUCGUUCUCCUGGAACGACCAAACUGACAUAGCACUAUAUCAAUGCAUUAACGUGCAGAUGGCUUUUAAGUACGUUUUUUCCUGUCAUUCAAACAAGUUGAGCUUUAGAUCGAAUACUGAAUAAUGUUUUAGUGCCGUUUAGCUGAAAUUUUAAACAGAUCUUAAUGUUGCGUGCGUCAGAUGUUUGAGUAACAAUAGGUAAUAAAGCCAACAGCACUGGCUUGUAGAAAACUUGUAUUAUGCUGUAAUCGUUCUCUGAAAUGCAACUGUAAGCCUCAGUAGAAUAUUAUUUUAUGAUACCGUAUAUAUUCUAUUCCUAACGUGCGAUUCAUUAUGACGUCCGUUUUAUCAGAAAAUACUCAUUUUGGUGUACUGGUACCAUAUCAACUGACAACUGUAACAGGUGGAGUAGGGAUAUAGGUGCUUUGCACACAAACCUGCAAACAAGAUGUUCUCGUUUUAGCAGCCCUGUAGCAAUCUUCUGACUCGAUAUGAGGCAACAACUGCCUCUAGCUGUUAACGUCAGACGCCACUGCUGUUGAGACCAGGCAUGCGAUAGAUACGUGGACCUAUACGUGUUUUAGCUGUGGGAUUCUGCUCUGUAACUGACUGCUACUGUUUCUGUUCCGAAAUUCUCAGUAAAACAAGGGUACAUCAUAAUGGUGGAUAAUACUUUUUUUCUUCUUCUUCUUCUUUUUUUUUUUUUUUUUUUAUAAGUGUAUACUUUUUUGUUUUUUGAAAUUUUUUUUUCUUUCUUUUUUUUCUUUUGCCGUGGAACGAUUUCCCGGCUGGCAGUUGGAAUGUUGAGCGUUCGGAUACAAUUUAUAUAUUUAAGAAUUUAAAUAUUCGAGCCGGUGUGGUGGUUAUUUGAGAGGCAGGGAAUCGCGGUCCUGAAGUGGCAGUCCCGUUUCUGGUUUUUGUUUCAUCUGAGCUGGAUCAGGAGAGUUUCACGGAGGAUUAAGAGGCUGAAUAUGAGUGCCUCCAGCACGUGGUCUCCUGCGUUCGUUAACCCUGAUUCAUUAACAGCUAAUUGAAAGGAAUCAAAUUAUGUGGUUUGUUGGUUUGGUUGGAGCAAAAACCGGGACCGUCUCUGGCACUCCGCGACCAUGGUUCCCUACCGCUGGGUAUUGUAAUCAUGUUGGCCUUUUAUCUAGUUUAUUGCUCUGAAUUAAGAUCAAUUGUGUUGUACAGUGGCAAAGUCUUAAUAUCAGCAGUGAGGUCAGAGGUCAUGAGCACAUUCUCCUGUCAGUCAUAUGUGUGUGUGGUUGUUGGUCAUUAUUUUCUUGGCAAAACUUGAAAAAUAUUUUUUGCCUCCUGUAUUCUAAACUAUUGCCUAUUAAAAUAUUUAUUCUUAUCACUGUA